AUGUCUGACACGUUUUCCUCGUCUUGCUGCAACUCCUCCAGCCCCCUCUUCUCCACCUCCCUGUUCUCACCUCCUUCCUUCUCCGGCCUGGACCUCCUGUUCGACCUGAAGCUCCUCUUCAUCCCGCUCUACUCUGCUGUGGUCCUGAUCGCCUUUACCGGCAACCUCCUCCUUCUAUUUCUCAUGUGGCACAACAAGAAAAGGCACAACACCACAAACUUCCUAAUCAGCAACCUGGCCUUCGUGGACCUGGUCAUGUGCAUCUUCUGUGUCCCUUUGACGGCAUCCUAUGCUUUUGACAAGCGUGGAUGGGUAUUUGGACCGUGCAUGUGUCAUUUUGUCACCGUCAUGCAGUCUGUAGCAGUCUACGCAGCGGUCUUGUCCCUCAUGGCCAUUGCAGUCGAUAGAUAUGUUGUUGUGGCUUACCCCAUACGCAGAAGAGCAGGUGGCCUGUUCUGCUGGGGUCUGGUGGUCCUAAUCUGGCUGUCCUCUCUGGCUUUAUCAAUACCUACAGCGCUGCACGUCGUCUACCUAGACCUGCGGGCUGCAGGCCUGCAGAUGGCCGUGUGUGAGGAAUUCUGGGAUGGCCAGGAGAGAGGUCGCCUUAUCUACUCCUGUUUCAGUCUCUUCUUCUCCUACUUUGUCCCCCUGGCUGCUGUUUCUACUUCUUACUGUGCCAUAUCCUAUCAGCUGAAGCGGAGGACCACAUCUAGCUUGACAGCAUGCCCAGAGCUGAGUUCUGCGCGGGCAGCAUGGAGUAAACGUCGAAGGAAGACCUUCUGCCUGCUGCUGGUGUCCGUCAUCUGUUUUGCCUUUUCAUGGCUCCCAUUACAGGUGGUGAAUCUGAUCCGUGACCUGGACACAGACUUCUCCAUUUUGGGGAAGAACUACGUAAACGUCAUCCAGGUGUCGAGUCACCUGUUUGCCAUGAGCUCUGCCUGCUACAAUCCUUUUAUUUACGCCUCACUACACGACAAGUUCCUGUCGUACCUGUGUAGCCACUUCCUUUUCUGGAGGAGGGGUUAUGGAAAUGAGCAGGGUCAGGGGUCGAGCAUCCUGAAAAUGUCUAAAAUUCCACGUCUUCACACCUCCACCAUUGUGGCAGAUUUACCAUGUGCAAGUAACAUUGUUCCUCAAGACAACUACGCUUAA